ACGUUUCCCAUUAUGGUCGAAAAAAUAUUACAAAAUGGAUUCCUCUCCAAGUAAUUCUGCUACCUCAGCAAGAAUCGAAGAAUUAGAGAACCUCGAUGAUAUUGAGGAUGAAACUAUUACAGAAAGGUUGAUUGGUCUCACGGAAAUGUUUCCAGAAAGUGUACGAAACUUUUUCAGCACAACAACAGAUCUUGCCAUCAAAGGAACAAAGAAAUUAUACAGUUUUGGUGGUAGUACAUUGUGGAUUGUUAGCACGUCGUUUAUGGUAUUGGCGCUGCCACUUAUAUUUGAGGUUGAAAGAGCACAAGCCGAGGAGGCUGAGAAACAACAACAGAGACAGAUUCUUCUUGGUCCAGGAGCAGCCACAAACCCAGGACUCGGAGGUCCAGGUAUGGCACUGAGGUAACAAGAGCCAGAGAGGACAUUGACAUGGUAAAAUCUAUGGAUUUUUUGUUUAUAUCUAUGACUCAACACUUGGCAAGUAUGCACAUUUUAUACUUGCCCAUCAUUAUCAAGUAAUAAGUAUAUCCUAUGGUGCAGUAAACCAACUCAAUUUAAACAAGAUAACUAUGAAAAACUUUUAAUUUCAACCACAUAUUUACAAAUAUAUUUACAAGUUUUACUUUACUGCUGAAAACGUCACUAUCUUUCGAUCAAUAUUU